UCACUACUUCUAGUCAUCGCAUGGGACCUCCACUACUUUCCAUCCUCUCCUGACUUUUGAAACGCCAACUAGAAUGCAAGCAAAGACUUCUAGACAUCCCAUGUGCGCUUCUAGUCAUUGCAAAAAACUCCAAAAAAUAAUUAUAUUGCAAGUAAAGACUUCUAGUCAUUGCAUGUGCUUCAUUAAGCAUGGCUAAACCAUUAGCUUGUUUGCUCAUGGAUGUGGCCAAAAGAGACCAGUAUGUCACAACUUGUAUUUUUAAUUGUUACAGGACAUGCGAUAUCCUGGGAAACAAUCCUUGAGAUGCGGAGACAAUUCCAUGCGCACAAAAAUGAACAGGAAUAUUUGAAAGAUAUUCCGAUUAAAAACCCGAUAACAAGUUAGGUGCUGCCUCACUCGGAUAUUGACCCAGGCUUCUGCCCAUCCUAAGUUCAAAAAAGUACGCAAAAGUUAGGUUCUUCAACAUUAUAGGUCUAGCAUUUUCGUCGACCAGGACUUGCGUGGCCGUUUGCAAGCAAGUCUUGUCUACCGAUACAGUAAUCUGGACAAUCCUUCAGCUUUAAAUGGGAUGUCGAUGGAUGUACCACCCAAGGACUUCUACCCUUCACUGAGAUGUCUACCUCCGACGCCGAGUUUGAAUUGCUCAACAAGAAAAUCCCCAUUCUUCUCCAUAUGGAGCGAAAACUAUCCUUACUUUUGAUGGUAUGUCUGCUUACAGGAAUCUCAGCAACCACAUAUGACGAAUUCACAUACAAUGGAUUCCAAAGGAGUGAGUUGUACCUUGAUGGCGUAGCAGAGAUCACACCCAAUGGCCUUCUGAGAUUAACCAACGCUACAAGGAACCAGCAAGGACAUGGAUUCCACAAAGUGCCACUGCAUUUGAAGAACACCUCAGAUGGUAAUGUUUACACUUUCUCUACUUGCUUUGUUUUUGCAGUACUCCCCGAAUAUUCAGAUGUGGGUGGCGAUGGACUUGCACUUGUGCUCUCUCCAACCAGGGGGCUCCCUGGAGCUCUGCCCAAACAAUACCUUGGUCUCUUCAACUCUACCAAUAAUGGCAAUUCAUCAAAUCAUGUCCUUGCUAUUGAGCUAGACACCGUCUACAAUAGGGAGUUUGGAGAUAUUGACAGCAACCAUGUCGGAAUUGAUAUCAAUGGAUUGAGGUCGAAAGACGCCGCGCCAGCAUCUUAUUUCACUGAGAAAAUUGGCAAGUUUAACAACCUCAGCCUUACAAGCGAGGAACCAAUGCAGGUAUGGAUAGAUUAUAGCAAUCCAGAGAAGCAGCUAAAUGUCACAAUAUCCCCCAUCAGUGUGCCCAAACCAAGCCGUCCGUUGUUGUCUUCUUCCAUUAAUCUCUCCUCAGUAAUAUUAGACACCAUGUAUACUGGCUUCUCUUCUUCUCCAGGCUCCAUUCUAACAUCCCAUUAUGUUCUGGGUUGGAGCUUUAAGAUGAAUGGGCAAGCGCCUGCCCUCAACAUGUCCAGCCUUCCUUCACUUCCUUUGAAAAAGCAUAGAAGCAAGCUAACGUCUUUGAUAGUUUGGCUGUCCUUAGGAGUAGUGGUGUUCAUAACUAUAACCGCGUCCAGUAUUGCUUACAUAAUAAGAAGAAAGGCAAGAUAUGCUGAAGUUCUUGAAGAGUGGGAGCUAGAAAAUAGAACUCAUAGAUUCUCAUAUAAAGAACUAUUCAAGGCUACCAAAGGCUUUCCCGAGAAAAAUCUUUUGGGAGUUGGCGGUUUUGGAAGAGUUUACAAAGGCGAGCUGCCGACCUCUAAAACUGAAAUUGCAGUGAAGAGGAUUUCUCAUGAUUCUAAGCAAGGAACGAGGGAGUUUGUUGGGGAGAUUGCGAGUAGCAGUGAGCUCCGUCACCGCAAUUUGGUCCACCUUCUUGGCUAUAGCCGUAGGAAAGGGGAAGUCCUUUUGGUCUAUGAGUUCAUGCCCAACGGAAGUCUAGACAAGCGCCUCUAUGAUGCAAACAUGCCAACGACACUUAGCUGGAGUCAGCGACUGAAAAUUAUCAGAGGUGUGGCUUCAGGUUUGCUCUACCUGCAUGAAGAUUGGGAGCAGAUUGUUGUACACAGAGAUAUAAAAGCAAGCAAUGUCUUGCUGGACAGUGAAAUGAAUGGAAAGUUGGGAGACUUUGGACUAUCAAAAUUGUAUGAUCAUGGUAGCGAUCCCCAGAUCACUCAUGUAGUGGGAACUUUUGGUUAUAUAGCUCCAGAGCUCACUAAAACGGGCAGGGCAACUACGAGCACUGAUGUCUUUGCCUUUGGGGUUUUCAUACUUGAGGUUGUCUGUGGAAGGAGGCCAAUAAUGCAACAAGAAUCACUGGAUCUUCAUUUGGUGGACUGGGUGAGGAGGAGUUGGAGGAAUGGAGUAAUUCCAGAGGUUAUAGAUGCAAGACUGGGGGGUGAUUACCAUCUGGGGGAAGUGGAAAUGAUCUUAAAGAUUGGAUUGCUUUGUUCAAAUCCUGUGCCUGCAGCAAGACCAACCAUGCGCCAGGUGAUGCAGUUCUUGGAUGGCCAUCUUUCUCUGCCGCAAGUACCCAACGAUGGGAGGGGCAUCACUAUUUCAUCACCAGAGCUUGCUGAAGAAUUAGAAGAAUCAGAAGUUUCACUUGUAAACUGUUCCAUCCACCGACAAAGAGCCAAUCCUCUUGAAGGUUUUUGAUUUUCUUGAAUUUAGGUAACUAGUGGAAUUUGAAUGUAAGUGUUAUAUCUUAUAGUUUCCUCUCUUCUCUCUUCACUUAGUGACAUCAAUGACAACUGAUAGCUUGAGUUCUUCUUCUUCUUGUUUCUUUUUGUUUGUGUUUUUCUUUCUGUUUUUGUUUUUUUUUCCAUUUUCUAUUUUCCUUCUAGCGUGGACUAGAAAUUGUUUGGGAUCUGUUGACAAAUCCUCAGUAGCCUAUUUUGAUAGUAUAAUUGAUGCCAUUCCAAGA